AUGCCCAUCGGCGCCACCAUGACGGAGCGCCUCGACUCCUUCUUCAUCGCGCUCUUCCUCCCCGUCUACAUGGCGCUCUCCGGCUACCGCACCGACCUCGCUGAGUUCACCAAGGAGGAGGCGUCGGAGAAGUGGUGCGCGCUGGAGCUGUUCGUGGCGCUCUGCGUCUCCGGGAAGCUCGUCGGCUGCGUCGCCGCGGGGCUCUUCUUCACGAUGCCGUUCCGUGACGCCGUCGUGCUGGCGCUCAUGCUCAACAUCCGGGGCAUCGUGGAGGUGGCCGCCAUCAACAACUGGGGCGACACCAUGAAGGCCACCGCGGAGCACUACUCGACGCUCACCAUGUCCAUGGUGCUCAUCACCGCCGUGUCCACGCCGCUGAUCAAGCUGCUGUACGACCCGUCGGGGCAGUUCGCGCGGGCCAAGCGGCGGUCGCUGGAGCACGCCCGCCUCAGCGCCGACCUCCGCGUGCUCACCUGCCUCUACAGCGAGGACCACGCGGCGCCGCUGAUCGACCUGCUGGAGGCGUCGGGCUCGUCCCGCGACUCGCCCAUGUCGCUCAUCGUGCUCCACCUCACGGAGCUCGUGGGCCGCGCCGCCUCCGUUCUAAAGCCCCACCGGAAGAGCAUCAGGUCGUCGUCGUCCAACAACCCGACGCCGUCGGACCGCAUCGUGAACGCGUUCCGGUACUUCGAGCAGCAGGCAGCGCCGGGGGCGGUGACGGUGAGCCCGUACGUGGCGCAGGCGCCCUUCAGCUCGAUGCACCACGACGUGUGCUCGCUGGCGCACAGCCGGAAGGCCAACCUCAUCCUGCUCCCGUUCCACAAGUCCUCCGACGGGGCACGGAGCACGGCGAACAACGCCAUCCGCUCCAUCAACCGGAGCGUGCUGCAGUACGCGCCCUGCUCCGUCGCCAUCCUCGUGGACCACGGCCUCGCGUCCGGGUCGACGUGCGCCACCGCCGCCAACAGCCUGCUCCAGCGCGCGGCGCUCUACUUCCUGGGCGGCGCCGACGACCGCGAGGCGCUGGCGUACGCGGCGCGGAUGGCCGAGGCCGGGACCAUGUCGCUGACGGUGGUGCGGUUCAAGCUCCGGAACUGGGUGGGCAUGGGCGGCCGCGACGAGGCCAGGGACGAGGAACUGCUGCAGGAGUUUUGGAGCAGGCACAGGGACAACGAGCGCGUGGUGUACGUGGAGAAGACGGUGGAGGACGCGGAGGGCACGGCGUCCGUGGUGCGCGCCAUGAGCGAGAAGUUCGACCUGCUCAUCGUGGGGCGCCAAGGCGGCGACGGCGAAGGUGACCUGGUGGGGUCGACGGCGCUCACCAGCGGGCUGUCGGAGUGGAGCGAGUUCCCGGAGCUGGGCGUGUUGGGGGACAUGCUCGCCUCCGCGGAGUUCGCGUCCAAGGUCUCCAUCCUUGUCAUCCAGCAGCAGCCGCCCAAGAAAACCGUCGCCGCCGGAAGCUCCGUCAAUGACUAG